AUGAAACCACUAUCACGUCACACUACAAAUGAUUCUUCCAAAAGCUAUCUUGAGAGAGAGCUAGUGAUCUCUCUUGACGAUGGUGGUCCGAUGGUUGGCGCCACUAUGAUGGCUUUAGAGAUGGACCAUGAAGAUACUCGUACUCUAGAGGGCGACAAAAGGAGGUCUCAAGAUGAAUCUACCAUUGAAAAUCAUACGACAAAAUAUGAUACCCAGUAUACUACAGACAAACAAAUAGAUGACAGUGCAUCAAGUGUACACUCUGCAAAUGUCACAUUGUCAAACAGACCGUGGUAUGAGUUCUGGAAGGUCAAACAAGAGACCCACACAGACCCUCGGAAUUUUUCACCUUUCAAGAAAUAUCUUAUUCUAUUAAUUGUAUCACUGGCAGGCUCAACUUCUCCAAUAUCUACUACUGUUUAUGCAACCUUGGUUACCAUGCAACACUAUUUCAAUACGACAGAUACACUCAUGAAUGCAUCCCGUCGCCGUCGGAUAUAUCUUGUAUCUUUCUUGAUAGCUGUGGUUGGCAGUGUAUGUUGCGCCGUCUCUGUCAAUAUUACAAUGUUUAUCGUCUUUCGAGGCUUUAGUGCAAUUGGAUCUUCAUCGGUGAUGUCUAUGGGAGCGGGUACGCUUGCAGAUAUAUUUGAGCCACAUGAGAGAGGGAAAGCGUUUGCAUGGUACACAUGCGGCCCACUGCUAGGACCUGCAUUAGGACCAAUUAUCGGUGGAUAUCUAAACCAAGGUCUCGGUUGGAGAAGCAACUUUUGGUUCUUGUCAAUCUUUUCGUGUUGUAUUUGGAUCACCAUGUUUUUCUUCUUUCCAGAGACUUGGCGUCCGGCACCAGCUCCAGGAGCCGAAACGAGUCCAGUUCCAGGAACAGAAAACAACAAUGGAUCAGUAAAAAAGAAGACCAAGCGACUCGUAAAUCCGCUCUCGGCUCUUCGUCUUCUACUCUUUCCAAAUAUCACACUGGCUGUUAGUUUUGUGGGUGUCUUAUUCUUAGUGUUCUAUCUUCUGAAUACCAACUUUACACGUACAUACACGAUCCAGUACAACCUUAAUUCUGGAAUUGUGGGUAUCUGUUACCUUCCACUGGCAUUCGGGGCAAUGAUUGGUGGUAUCUCGGGUGGUCGCAUCUCAGACCGACUGUACAACAAGCGUGUUGUACAGGCCAAUGGAGAAUCUACCCCAGAGAUGCGUUUAGGUGGUCCCUUGUUCUACAUCGCAAUUGUCCUUCAGAUGUUUGCAUUUACUGGCUAUGGCUGGUGCGUUGAGAAAAACCUCCAUUUUGCAUAUGGUCUGGCAUUCCAAUUCCUUGUUGGAGUAACGAUUAUGUUUCCUAAUGUUGUUCUUUCGGCAUACAUGGUCGACUGUUUCCGUAAAAAAGGUGCUUCUGUUACAGCAUGCAAUAAUUUUGUUAGAUAUUGUAUGGCUGGUGUUGGAUCACUUAUUGCAUCUGAUAUUGUAAAUGCCAUGGGAAAUGGCAUUCUUUUCACUGUUUGCGGUGUGGCUCUCUUUUUGGCUAGUGGUCUUAUUCUCAUAAUCAUAAGAUAUGCUAAGAAGUGGCAAAAACUAAGAGAGUGUGUGUAA